AUGACUACUUACGAUGCAAGGUCACGUCUCACCGCCUUGCCUUUCAGCAUCUGGGUGCUUGCCGUCGCCUAUACUCUCUGCAGUGCUAGCUGCAUUAGCAACGGUCACUGUUCUCCAGAUGGUUCAUUCGAUCAUCCUACUGCCGCCCAUUCCUGCAGCAGCAGCGAGAAGAGGGCAAAUAACGAGGUCCGUCGGUCAUCACAUGACUCUCCGGACGUACUGGAGCUGGGCUUGCCUUCCUCUAAUCGAAGUGUAGCUGACAAACGCGCAGAAACAGUAGAGCUUGUCAGCGACUUCGGUGAGGAAAGCAUUGUGGGUAUGGGCUCUCUCGUCGAGGGUAAGUACCUCUUGCUUGAACAGCUACACCCCACAUUAUGGGCUUUCUCUGGUGUUCCUGAGGACAGUGGCUCUACAGACGGGCAGCUGCAGAUACAUCUGAAGCCAUCUGAUGCUGCUUCUGCGCAUGAAUCUGUUCCUCCUGCCACCAGAAGUAGCUGCUACGACGAUGGCGGUAUUGACCAGUCGACCACGUGGAAACAGACCAAUGGUUCUUGGAGCCGGACUAGCGAGCCGCCCUAUCUCUCUUCUGAACCUCGUUCUAGGCCGCUUCUUCUCCCUCCUGGCAUAGGGGCAGCAAAAGUUACAACAGGAGCAGCCCUUGCAGCAGCUGUAGUCUCUGUACGCUUCGAUGUGGUCAUCUCCCGGCAGGCCGGGGCCAAAUCCCAGGGUUUCUGCAUUGAUCCUUCCAUGUAG